GCAACCGGGAACGGAAUGUUAAAAUGAUGGGUGAAAAAUGCCCGUUGUUGCCCACAAAUUUCACCCGUUUGAGGUAAUAUUUUCGUGGAUUAUUCUAAGGAUAUGUACGGAUACUAUUUUGCGACAACAUGGCCUGGAAAUAAUGGAUUUAUUCGUCGUACGCGGGGAGCGGCAGGGAGGUUUGGGAUCACAUCCACGGUAAACCUCACACACAGAUCGUCUGCUUCUUUUCGUGAAUGCAAAAGCGACGUUGGGUUUUAUUUCAUGUGUCAAGUCGGCAAGAUGUAUUUGAGAUGGCGGAUGAUAGUGCGCAGUCUCCAUGCUCCAACCUACAGAAAUUAUUUUAGUCCACUAAAGUGACUAGCAGUAGUGUGGCAAUUUGUCCGUUUGUUCACCGACUAUAUUCGACUGUGUAGGGAGGUCGCUUUAAUCACAGUAUGCACUGAUGUAGACCGAUAUGAACCAAAAAAUUGAGUUUAUAGAGCGCUGGGGGCUUAAUCCCCUCUGGCAGAGACCGAGGCCGUGGUGGAAAAAAAUGGAAGCUGCGAUGGUGGCCGGCGUAGAACCUUACGGGGCGGCUGGUGCCAACUCAGGCGGCCAUCAUGGAGCAGCACACCACGGCCCAGGAGUUCAAACUACACAUGGAGCACACCCUCAUUCUUCCAGUCCCGGGCUUACGCAUCAGAACAGCAGCACAAGUAGCAUCAAUCCAACGACCGGGAUGUCAAAUUGUCGAUCGCUUCCAAUGCUACUUGACGAGGACGAGAGCGGCGACGAAUCGGGGGACGAUUGUCGCGACGGGCGUGAACCCGGUUGGGAACGUGUCGUAAUCAACAUCAGUGGUUUACGGUUUGAGACCCAUUCCAAAACCCUAGGCCAGUUUCCAAACACUUUGCUAGGGAACCCUGAAAAACGCAUCCGAUAUUUCGACCCGUUACGGAACGAGUACUUCUUCGAUCGCAAUCGUCCGAGCUUCGAUGCCAUUCUGUACUAUUACCAGAGUGGCGGCCGGCUUCGGAGACCUGUCAAUGUACCCAUGGAUGUCUUCACCGAGGAGAUCAAAUUUUACGAGCUCGGCGAAGAUGCCUUGCUGAAGUACAGGGAGGACGAAGGAUUUAUUCACGAGGAGGAGAAAGCAAUCCCACAGAACACCAUCAUGCAAAAGAUCUGGUCUCUGUUUGAGCAUCCAGAAAGCUCUAAAGCAGCACGGGUCAUAGCAAUUAUCUCAGUGUCUGUCAUUCUUAUAUCCAUUAUAACCUUCUGCAUGGAGACAAUGCCCGAGUUUAAGGAGGCUGAUGACGAGGCCUCAUCAGAGCCGACGCCUCCACCAUGCGGGGGCGCCGUCUAUGACCUCACCACGCCGGAAAUGUCCAAUGGAACGCACAGCACCACAGAGGACGCCGAACUAGCAGCAUACUUCCAAAAUCCGUUCUUCAUCAUAGAAACGUACUGUAUCAUCUGGUUCACCACAGAGUUUAUCUUGCGUCUCGCGUCGAGUCCCAGCAAAUUGAUCUUCUUGAAAAACAUUAUGAAUCUAAUUGACGUGAUAGCAAUACUUCCCUAUUUCAUACAAGUGGGUACCAUAGUGGCGCAGUCUUCGACAGAUCGCAACAGCCAAGCCAUGUCUUUGGCCAUCCUUCGUGUUAUCCGAUUGGUACGCGUCUUUAGAAUAUUCAAAUUAUCCCGGCACUCCAAAGGGCUACAAAUUUUAGGUCGAACUUUGAAAGCUAGUAUGAGAGAACUUGGGCUGUUAAUAUUUUUUCUUUGUAUCGGAGUGGUGUUGUUCUCAAGUGCGGUGUACUUCGCAGACGCCGAUAGCCGCGACGAGAAGGGGAACCCCAUAUUCAAAAGCAUCCCCGAUGCGUUUUGGUGGGCCGUCGUUACCAUGACAACAGUAGGAUACGGGGAUAUGAAGCCGCAGAGCACCGGCGCGAAGAUAGUUGGUUCUCUAUGUGCUGUCACGGGCGUGCUGACGAUCGCGCUCCCGGUCCCCGUCAUAGUAUCAAAUUUCAAUUAUUUUUACCACCGCGAGUCUGACAACGAAGACACGGGCCAAUAUUCUCAUGUUCAAAGUUGUCCUUAUUUACCGCCGCCAUCUGCGCAGCGUAGCCAUAGUAGUUGUAGUCAAAACUCUAUGAACAAUAUUGUGGAAAUGGAGGAAGGGUUACUUAAUCAGCUACAUGUACCAGUGCCUAAGUCUCCAUAUAACAACAAUAUCGAUGGCCGGCUAAAUAAUAUCCAGGGAAACUGCAUUAACCUAAACGCAGUCAGUAUUGAGACUGAUGUAUGAAAAUAAUACAAACAGACACACCCAUAAGAUCAAAAAAUCUAUCGACACAUAAUUUAGAAACAACUAAGUGUUCAAGAAGUAGAGUCGGAUAUUGAAUGGACUGAAGAAUAUCGCGUACACCAUUUAAGGAACACGUUGCCUUGGAUCGGAGAGUUGGUCUAUACAAAGUGUUUGAA